AUGAGCUCCCUUCUGCUGCUGCUCCUCUUCCUCUGCCUCCUCCGGGGUGGCAAUUCAUCGCCGGAGGAAGAGCUGCAGAUUCUUUUAGAAUUCAAAGCAUCUCUGAGUACCACCAAGAAUAACACCUUCGAAUCAUGGACCUCGGAGGGUCGCUCCACUUGCAGCUUUGCCGGGAUCAAGUGCGACUCCACCGGCUCCGUCUCCGAGCUCGACCUCACCGACUCGGGCCUCUCCGGCACGAUACCCUUCCGUUCCCUUUGCCGCCUCCCCUGGCUCUCCAGACUCUCCCUCGGCUCCAACCUCCUCUGCGGCUCCAUCACUGUCGGCCUCCUCAACUGCACCAGUCUCCGCCAUCUCGAUCUCGGCUUCAAUUCUCUCACCGGGGCCGUCCCCGGCUUGGCGCCUUUGAACGAGCUCCGAGUCCUGAACCUAUCCGACAACGCCCUCACCGGCCUCUUCCCGUGGGGCUCGCUGGGUAACCUCACAGAUCUGGAGGUGCUAAGCCUCGGAGACAACUUGUUCGAUUCCAGUCCCUUCCCUGAGGUGGUGGUGAACUUUGCCAGGCUCACUUGGCUGUUCCUAUCGGACUGCAACAUCCGCGGCGAGAUCCCGUCUUCCAUCGGGAACCUAACGCACCUCGUCGACCUUGAACUCGCUAACAACUUCCUCACCGGUGGAAUCACUGCGGAGAUCGCAAGGAUCCGCAACCUCUGGCUGCUGGAACUCUACAACAACUCGCUAACCGGAAGCCUUCCGUCGGGGUUCGGAAACCUCUCCAACCUGGCCUACCUCGAUGCGUCCAUGAAUUUGUUGAAAGGGGAUCUCUCCGAGCUCCGCAGUCUGAAUAACCUCGUCUCCCUCCAACUAUUUCUUAAUGACUUCUCCGGCGAGGUCCCGCUGGAGUUGGGGGACUUCCGGUACCUAACGACCCUUGGUCUCUACUCAAAUGGGCUCACUGGAAUGCUUCCGCCGAAGCUCGGGAGCGUGUCGGAGUUCGAGCACAUAGACGUGUGGGAUAACUUUUUCACCGGCGAGAUCCCACCUGAUAUGUGCCGGAAGGGGAAGAUGAGGAAGCUUCUAACAGGAGACAACAAAUUCACCGGAAAGAUACCAGAGAGCUACACCAACUGCUCAUCGUUGGUCAGGUUGAGGGUGAGAAACAACUCCCUCAACGGCGUGGUUCCUGCCAGGCUCUGGGGCCUGCCCAAUCUGGUGAUCAUAGACCUCGCAUUCAACCGAUUCGAAGGCCCAGUAAGCGCAGCGAUCGGCGAGGCCAAGCCACUGAAUUCUCUGUUUCUCAACAACAACAACUUCUCUGGCAAGCUGCCGGACAUCACAGGAGCAAGGUGGCUCGACCUACAAUACAUGGACGUCUCCUACAAUCAACUGACAGGAACACUGUCGCCACACCUGGGAGAAUCCAGGACGCUCGUUUACUUGCUCAUGGCGGGCAACCAGCUCUCCGGACAUAUUCCCGACUGUUGGCAGCGCAUGGAAAACUUGACCUUCUUGGAUUUGUCCAGCAAUAAUCUCACCGGAAGGAUUCCGAGCACGAUGGGCUCCAUGGUUAGUCUUCACACGUUGCACUUGAACAACAACUCUUUCACCGGCCGAUUUCCUUUGUCGCUGCGCAAGUGUCAGGGUCUUGUCACGCUUGACCUCGGAGAAAACAGGUUCCACGGAGAGGUUCCGCCAUGGAUAGGAGACAGCUUCCCGGCGCUGAAGAUUCUCCGCUUGCGCGCGAAUAGGUUCAGCGGCGGCAUUCCUCCACAGCUAUUUCGCCUUGCGGCGCUUCAGCUCUUGGACCUCGCUGACAACGAGCUCACGGGAGGCAUACCACGGAGCGUCGGUAAUCUAACAGCGAUGGCCAUCAGACGACAACAGCGAGACGAUUUGGACAGUAACGUAUUUGGUUACUCGGACAGCGUUUCAUUGAUGUGGAAGGGGGAAAUGUCUUUCUUCAAACGGACACUUUCACUGGUUCGAGGCAUCGAUCUCUCGUGCAACUUUCUAUCGCAGGAGAUCCCAUCGGAGCUGACAAAUCUUUCAGGAUUGGUCUACCUAAACUUAUCCAGGAACGAUCUGACAGGAUCUAUACCAAGUGCGAUCGGCAAUCUGGACCUGAUAGAAUCUCUGGACUUGUCAAGGAAUCAACUUUCAGGUGCAAUCCCCCCAAGCAUCGCUUCAUUAACAUUCCUGGAUUCGUUGGACCUAUCAAACAACAACUUGUCGGGGAGAAUACCCUCGGGCAAUCAACUGCAAACGCUUGACCCCUCAGUUUACGCCGGCAACGACGGGCUCUGUGGACCUUCGUUACCCAAGAAGUGUUCGGAUCAUUUGGAAUGGUCGACUGAUGUCGAGGAGAACGGCGACGGGGAUGAAAUCAUAUGGUUAUAUCUCGGCACCGGACACGGAUUUGUGGUGGGUUUUUGGGGAUUCAUAGGCCUUUUAUCCUUCAAAACAUCUUGGAGGCUUGCUUUCUUUCGUUCCAUGGAUAAGGUGCUGUCGAGAUUAUCCAUAGGGUAG